GUCGUACACAACGAAAGACAGUCGUUAAAAAAGUUCAAAAUACCGCCAAAAUAUUAUUUGCAAUAUAUUUUGCAAUUUUUCUAAAUCACAUUCAAUUUUGUAUUCAAGUUUUUGCACUUUGUUGCAUUAAUUGCAUUUUAUUUUAACAAUUUGAAUUCUUUCUCAAGUAAUCACCAAACAAUGGACAAAACAGAAACAUCUAAUGGAGGAGAUGUAUCUAACCCGGAUGAACAGCAGUACCUAGAUUUAAUCCAAAAAAUCAUAAACAAAGGUGUGGCUCGUCCUGAUCGUACAGGAGUCGGAACCAUAUCUUUAUUCGGAGCCCAAAUGCGUUUCGAUAUGCGCAAUAGCUUCCCACUGUUGACAACAAAACGCGUCUUUUGGAGAGCCGUUGCUGAGGAACUCCUCUGGUUCGUUCAUGGCAAAACCGAUGCCAAAUUGUUGCAAGAAAAGAACAUUCACAUCUGGGAUGGAAAUAGCACACGUGAGUUUCUUGAUAAAUCUGGAUUCACCGAUCGCGAAGAAGGUGAUUUGGGACCAGUUUAUGGCUUUCAAUGGCGUCAUUUUGGUGCCACUUAUCGCACUUGUCAUGACGAUUACACCGGUGAGGGGAUUGAUCAAUUGAACGAGGUGAUUAAUCGAAUUCGUGAGAAUCCCACCGAUCGUCGUAUAAUUAUGAGCGCAUGGAAUCCGUGUGAUUUACCGAAAAUGGCUUUGCCACCAUGUCAUUGCCUGGCGCAAUUCUAUGUGGCAAAUGGUGAGCUAUCGUGUCAGCUUUAUCAACGUUCGGCUGAUAUGGGACUUGGAGUUCCAUUUAAUAUCGCCAGCUAUGCUUUGCUUACUUAUAUGAUUGCUCACGUCACUGGCUUGAAGCCCGGCGACUUUGUUCACACUUUGGGUGAUGCUCAUGUUUAUAAUAAUCAUGUUGAACCUCUGAAGGAACAAUUACAAAGAAUUCCACGAGCUUUUCCUAAGCUUGUUAUAAAGCGGAAGGUGGAAAAAAUUGAAGAUUUUACAUUCGACGAUUUUGAAAUUGUUGAUUAUAAGCCUUAUCCCAAGAUAAGCAUGGAAAUGGCUGUUUAGAGAGAUGACAAUGGAGAUGAUAUUUAGAUGUAAGAUAUUUUGUAUGUAUUUUUUAUAAAUUUUGUUUUUUGUUCGGUUAGGAAUAUAAAUAAACCAGUUAUUUUAUUAAACUUUGAAA